GCCGGAUGUAAAAUAUAUUUAGCGCCGUAUUCGUUUGUUUUUUCGGGUUGAAAAGUUUUAGGUGGAGUUGUAUGUACUAUUUCGGAAAUAAUAUACUUUUAUUGUGACUUCUUGUGUUUAUGUUGGUAAUUUGAUGGAGAAGCAACAAUAAGAAAAAAAUGUUAUUUGAGAAUUUUUUUCCUCCUGAGAACAUACUUGCUAGCUAAUGCUAAAGUUUUCUGUCUCGCGCUAAAGUCAGUGUUCAUUCGGGAAGUUUCGAUGAGCUUUCAGUUUUAUUUGCCUGUAGUUUCUUCUGACUGAAGGUAUGAACGGUAGUGAUGAAGUGUGCGCUCCGAGUAGGAGCUCAGAGCUGUUCCAAGACCUGCUGGAGCGCCUCAGAGAGAGCCAUGAAAAUGCAGUGCAAGGACUGCAGUUAAAGGUGAAUAAACUGAAGAAGGAGCGUUGUUUUGAUGCACAAAGACUGGAGGAGUUUUAUAACAAGAAUCAGCAUUUACGUGAGCAACAGAGAACACUACAGGAGUCCAUCAAAGUUCUGAAGGAAAGAUUACAAUCUGGACCUUGUGAUCGGUGCAGAGAAACAGAAAAGCAGAUGAAAAAAACACAAGCCAUGUUUGAAAAUCUACCACUCCUUAAUGAACUCCAGUCUGAGAGAAAUAUGCUUAAAGAAGAGAACAGGAAGCUCAGUCAUCAGCUUGAGCAAUUGCGUGGACAAAUUUUCCAGCAGACCUCAUUCUCAGAGCCAGAGGAAGGCAUGAUCCCAGAUUCGCCAAAGAAGUCAAUGUCCUUUCCUGUAGUCAACAAGAUGAAACGCAAGAGAGAGCAGAGCCAUGUUCGCUAUGCUGAAAAACUGCCGUCCCAGCCACUUCCAGACCCUCAGAAAAAAGAGCUACCUACAUCUUUGGACUGCCAUGCUGGAGCUCUGCUUGUUCCAGAGACAUGUGAUAUGGAUGUAACAUGUAUUACAAAGAGCAAUACCAAGAUUCAUGGCAGAACUGUGGUUGCAGAAAGUUGCCAGAUGGACCUAAACUCUGAGCAGAUGCCUGAGAGUCAUGUAAACUUGCCGAACGUGACCAGUGAACCUAAGCACAUGGCAAAGAAUUUCACGAGCUGUCCAUGGGCUGAAGAGCAGAAUAUGGGGAAGAUUCAUGAUGGGCCAAAGUCUUCACAGAAACAGUCUAGCAAGAACAUUGAGCAGGAACCAUGCAAAAGAAGAAGCUGGGAGAUGGAAUGGGCUGUGCCUGAUGCUCCAUUUAAGAGUCCAUGUACUCCAUGCAAGAGUCCUUUGCUGAGCCAGAAUUGCAGUCCAAAUGAUGAGAGCUGGAGCAUGGACCCAGAAGCUGCUCUGUCUCAAUCUGACACAAAUAUCCUUUCUCAUCCAGAGCCCAAAAUACAGGCAGAGACCGUCGACCUGGACUGCACAUAUGUGAGUCAUAGCUUGCUAGUAGCUCACCAAAAACAGACCGAUUUGGACCAGACAAACAGCAUCACAGGAAUAGGGCAAAAGGCUAAUGACAGCUUAGCAAAUGUCUUUGAUACCACUGGGCAUGAAGAUUAUGAGUCCCAACCUCAGAAUGAGAGGAGUACCUUGGGGAAGGAGCAAGUUCUUGAGGAAGAGGAAGAAAGUGAAAAACAGAAGGAGAACAUGAAACAAGAUGAACAGGUGGAGGAAGUGAAGUUUAUGGAUGAAGGAGAGAAACCCAUUGGAGAGUCUACUGAGAGUGCUAAGAACAGGUCUGUUGCUUGUGUGGUAGUUGUUCGCAAGAAAGCUGAACGAAGAAAACUUCAUGGCCACACAUGUAAAGAAUGUGAGAUUUAUUAUGCUGACCUUCCUGAGGAAGAAAGACAGAAGAAACUGUCGUCUUGCUCACGGCAUCGUUUUCAUCACAUUCCUCCUCCUACCCCAGAAAAUUUCUGGGAUGUGGGCUUCCCUUCUACACAGACUUGCAUAGAGAGAGGAUACAUCAAAGAGGACAACCAGGAAGAUCCACGUUUGAGAAGGAGGAAACCCUACCUUGCUACAUUCUCACCAAAAGCUAAAGCAUAGUAAUAGCAUCAUUGUAGUAACACUUCAUAGGGGCUGUUAAUAGCCUCAUCCAAUCUUCAUCUGUACACAGAACAAUACUGCUCUUUAGCCCAUGGAAAAUACUCUUAUAAAUCCAAUUUUGAUCUGGAAGCUAAUUUUUUGCCUAGUAAUUCUAAUACGUUAAAUAUGAUGCAGGUUAUAAAUAUGAAUACUGACAAAAUUGUUGAAAUAAGAAUAAAAUGAACAUUAGUAGUUGGA